GAGGGAAGUGGGUGGGACUUGGGAGGCAUGUUACAAAACAAAUUUAACACAGGACAGCGUUCAUCUAAUUCGGAAGGUAGCUUAGACCUUACUGUAUCAUCAUCACAGCGUCUUUGACAACUCCGGCCGGUCUCGUCUCCAACCGGCCAGAUGUGAAGUAAGGGUUAGUACCCUUGAAGAAGAGUAAGUGCCAAGAGGCAAGAGCAAGGGUUAUCUAGACAGUGUUUACAUUUCAUUUGAUACUCAGCCGCAGCCGGCCAACGGAAGCAAGGAGUGGCCAGGGAAGGGCAACAAGAGUAUAGCAAGAGUAGAUCAAGCAUGCAGAAGAGGCAGGAAACAAGAAGAAAUAUACUGUAAAUUAGAUCCGGAUUUCCACCUGAAUUUCGUGGUACCGAGCAACAGGAUCACCUUUCAAGCAUCAUCAGCGCAGAAAUGGCUGAGAUGGUCAGUUCUGCAAUUGUUGGCGAGGAAGUCAGCCGAAUCUUUUCUAGUAUCACCACCAACAAAGAUCAGGAUAAAAGGGAUGAAGCCACAAGAGGUCGCCUAGAGAGGCUGGAGAUGGCACGCAUCAAGAUGGAGGCCGCACUCGAGACGUCUAACAAGUGGCAAGUCACUGACACACCACUGCUCCAUUGGCGAAAGAAGCUGAAGCGUGCUGCUCAGGACUGUGAGGACGCAGCCCGCAAAUGCAGACAACUUUCUCAGGAAGAAGACGAGAGGGAGCAGAUGGUAAGGCAAUCCUCGUUUCCUAGACGUAUUGCACAUACGACCAAGGCAUUCAUCUCUUCUUUCGUCGGCCGCAACAAUGAUCAUUUGUCAGAACAUAUCGCUGUUGUCCGGAGAUUUGAGAGGUUCGCGGAUGGUGCUACCGAGUUUAUGAGAUUUGUGCAGUUCAGCGGAACACCACGACAACACAUGUUCUUCAACCCUCUCAUCGGGCAUCUCUUUGCAGGAAAAUUAAUACGAUAUGUGGCGUUGCGCUCAGGAGGCCGAUAUCACUUCUUCACCAUACUGCCGAUGGCUUUCGAGGGUCGUGGGCUGGAGGCCGUGCUAUCUUUCGUAUACGAAGAUUGCAAGGUACCCAAUAAUAGUUUUUGCCUCGGGUUCACGAUGCGUGUCUCGGAGAGCACAGACAUAAUCGGAACCAUAGUCAAGUGCUUGCGACUGGUGACGCCUCACUUCAAGUCCACAGCUGACAUUGUGAUUAAAGAGAUCACGCAGAUCCCUACACAAGAUUUCUCAUGUUUGCCGCAUGAGAUUGGGAGUGCCAAUGCAGAACGUUGCUGGAACGACAUGCUCACAACUUUUGUUGGAUGGUACCGCCCGGAUCCAUUAUGUUGCCAAGGAUACGAGCAUGACAUUGUGCCUUCUUGUAGCGGCAACGGAAACAAAUUGAGGCUUUGGAGUAUAUUUCCAGAACCAGUAUGUCAUUUGUUUCUAGAGCGCCGCAUGUCACUGUCUGAGUAUAGUAACCAAUUGCAGGGGUCAGCCACUAGAUAUGACUCGUCUUCUUUGGAGAAUUACCCGUCUUUGAAGUUGGGAAUUCUCUUCAUGCCUCAUGACUCUCUCGAGGAACCAAAUUCCACAGGCGAGGGCUCCACGAUAGAGGCAAUAAAUGGAGAGAAGCAACACCUCACACACACAAAUGUUCACCCGGAUCAGCUCGACGAGAUGCUGCUGCCGAAGGCUAUAAAUUAUCUAUAUCAUAACGCUGAGGCUACGACGUACGAGAUAUGUUGGAGGUCUAACCAUGGCAGCGCACACAUAUGUGUGUACAAGACCAGCAUGGUAAGAAUGUGGGGAGCACGCACGGCCUCCACAAGACAAGGUAGGAACAGGAAUAUCAAGAUGCUUCGCGGGAUACUGCAAGGGCAGAUAAAAAAUGUGCAGUGGAAGGAGUUAGCCAAAAAUUACUUAAAGCUUUGGGUCAUUCAUUCCUCGGUGAGACUGAAGAGCAUGUUUACGGCAUGGCUCAAACAGUGAGGAUAUAACUAUUGUUUUAUGCCUUAAUUUCACGAGAAUUUGGUAGUAGAUCUUCCCGCAGAAUUUGUUUGAAAUGGUUGCGUUGUACUUGCCUGUAUCAUGGUAGUAUUGUAUCGUAUUCUUACUUGUACAUACCUCUUGAGUAGACGUGUCAUAUGCUAAAUGGUAUUUACUGUAAUAAUCAGAAUGCAGUUUACAUCUUGAUAUGCUGUUUGGCAAA